AUGGACAGCACAUCCCAGAUUUGUCAGUCCAGACUGCCAGACAACACCGCUUUGAAGCAGCAGCAAUUACCCGCCUACCAGCUCCAGCUCUCCGCCACCAAGGUCCUCUCUGGCUUUUUUAUCACAGGAGCAUUCUGCCUUGGCAUGGGCAUCAUCCUUAUAUUGUCUGCAAAGAGCACCAAGGAGAUAGAGAUCAAUUACACAAAUAUAUGUGCAGAUUGUGCAAAACUGCGGGAAAAUGCCAUUAAUUUUGACAAAGAAUGCACCUGCUCUAUUCCUUUCUACCUUCCAGAGACAAUGCAGGGUAAUGUUUACAUGUACUACAAAUUAUAUGGCUUCUAUCAGAACCUCUCUCCAUAUGUUCUAUCCAGAAGUAAUAGCCAACUGAUGGGUAGAGAUAUAAAGGAUGUUGGAAACUGUGCUCCAUUCAGUGCGUCCCAAAAUGGGACCCCCAUCGCUCCUUGUGGUGCUAUUGCCAACAGCAUAUUCAAUGACACCAUUAUUCUUUCAUACAAUCUUAAUUCAUCUAUACAUAUCAAAGUCCCAUUGCUAUCAAGUGGAAUUGCAUGGUGGACAGAUAAACACAUCAAGUUUCAGAAUCCAAGUUUAAAUAAUGUUCCUAGUGCAUUUGCAGGAACCACGAAGCCCCCAUACUGGCCUAAGCCUGUUUAUGAACUGGAUAAAGAGAAUGCAGAAAACAAUGGCUUCAUUAAUGAUGAUUUCAUCGUGUGGAUGCGGACAGCUGCCUUUCCCACUUUCAAAAAACUGUACCGUCGACUGAGUCGAAUACAGUAUUUUACCGAAGGCUUGCCUGCUGGUAGUUACCAUUUCAACAUAACCUACAACUUUCCAGUAACCAGAUUCCGAGGAGAAAAAUCAGUUGUUCUCUCCACCCUGACGUGGAGUGGAGGCAGUAGCCUUUUCUUAGGUCUCACCUACACAGUGACCGGAGCCAUGACGUGGCUGGCCUCCUUUUCCAUGAUGGCAAUUCACUUGAUGCUGAAAGGAAAGAAAAUGGUCCUCCCCCAGCAGUCAAGUCAAGCUUUAAAAAGAAAAGCAGAAAACACAGAAACGGACAGUGAAGUAACGGAGCCGAAGAUGUCUGACAAGCCUCAAAAUGACUGGAAUAUUUUAUCAAGAGGAACUGCAUUGACAGACCAAGUGCAAUUCCAGGUGGAUAAAUAA